AACGAAGUCUUCACAAUGUCCCUCUGCAAGUUUUAAACGUUUGAACUUUAAACUUUUCAACUUUGAUAAACUACACUGAAGGUUUGAUGGAAACAAAUUGUAAUAAGCAAGGGUUCUUUUUUCUCACAGUAGAUUUGUGUGUAUAGAAGAAUAGGAGGACAUUUUAAGCUCUGCCAUGUAAUAUUAUUCCAUGUUAUUUGAACUAGUAUAACUUUUGCUCUUUUCCAUUUUCUACACCCAGAUUCAAAGGAUUCCAAGGAGAAGAAUAAAAUGGAAAUCCUGUACAUACUGGUGCCUAGUGUUGCCAUCCCCCUGGCCAUUGCUUUGCUCUUCUUCUUCAUUUGUGUCUGUCGCAAUAACCAGAAGUCAUCGUCACCGCCUGUCCAGAGGCAGCCAAAACACGUCAGAGGUCAAAACGUGGAGAUGUCAAUGUUGAAUGCGUAUAAACCCAAGAGCAAGGCUAAAGAGCUGCCUCUUUCUGCUGUACGUUUUAUGGAAGAAUUGGGUGAAUGUGCCUUUGGAAAGAUCUAUAAGGGCCAUCUCUAUCUCCCAGGCAUGGACCAUGCUCAGUUAGUUGCUAUAAAGACCUUGAAAGACUAUAACAACCCCCAGCAAUGGACAGAAUUUCAACAGGAAGCCUCCCUGAUGGCCGAACUACACCACCCCAAUAUUGUCUGCCUUCUAGGGGCUGUCACUCAGGAACAACCUGUGUGUAUGCUUUUUGAGUAUAUGAAUCAGGGGGAUCUCCACGAGUUCCUCAUCAUGCGGUCCCCACAUUCAGAUGUUGGCUGUAGCAGUGAUGAAGAUGGGACUGUAAAAUCCAGCCUGGAUCAUGGAGAUUUUCUACACAUUGCAAUUCAGAUCGCAGCCGGCAUGGAAUACCUGUCUAGUCACUUCUUUGUCCAUAAGGACCUUGCAGCUCGCAAUAUUUUAAUCGGAGAGCAACUUCACGUAAAGAUUUCAGACCUUGGGCUUUCCAGAGAAAUAUACUCCGCUGAUUACUACAGGGUGCAGAGUAAGUCUUUGCUGCCUAUUCGCUGGAUGCCCCCUGAAGCCAUCAUGUAUGGCAAAUUCUCUUCUGAUUCAGAUAUCUGGUCUUUUGGGGUUGUCUUGUGGGAGAUAUUCAGUUUUGGACUCCAGCCAUAUUAUGGAUUUAGUAACCAGGAAGUGAUCGAGAUGGUGAGAAAACGACAGCUGUUACCAUGCUCCGAAGACUGCCCCCCAAGAAUGUACAGCCUCAUGACAGAGUGUUGGAAUGAGAUUCCUUCCAGGAGACCAAGAUUUAAAGAUAUUCACGUCCGGCUUCGGUCCUGGGAGGGACUCUCAAGUCAUACCAGCUCUACUACUCCUUCCGGCGGAAAUGCCACCACGCAGACAACCUCCCUUAGUGCCAGCCCAGUGAGUAAUCUCAGUAACCCCAGAUAUCCCAAUUACAUGUUCCCGAGCCAGGGUAUUACACCACAGGGCCAGAUUGCUGGUUUCAUCAGCCCACCAAUACCUCAGAACCAGCGAUUCAUCCCCAUCAAUGGAUACCCAAUACCUCCUGGAUAUGCAGCGUUUCCAGCUGCCCACUAUCAGCCAGCAGGUCCUCCCAGAGUGAUUCAGCACUGCCCACCUCCCAAGAGUCGGUCCCCGAGCAGUGCCAGUGGGUCGACUAGUACUGGUCAUGUGACCAGCCUACCUUCAUCAGGAUCAAAUCAGGAAGCAAAUAUUCCCUUACUACCACACAUGUCAAUUCCGAAUCAUCCCGGUGGAAUGGGUAUCACCGUUUUUGGCAACAAGUCUCAAAAACCCUACAAAAUAGACUCAAAGCAACCAUCUUUGCUAGGAGACUCCAACAUUCAUGGACACACCGAAUCUAUGAUUUCUGCAGAACUGUAAAAUGCACAACUUUUGUAAAUGUGGUAUACAGGAAAAACUAGAAAGUCGUAGAAAAGAUUUAUAUUCAAAUGUUUUUAUUAAAGUAAGGUUCUCAUUUAGCAGACAUUGCAACAAGUAUCUUCUGUGAAGUUUAACUGUGUCUUACCAACCAGGGCAAACACCAGCCAGAAAAAAAAACAUUGUGGGAUUAACACUCCAUCAGGGUGUAGGCCAUGCCACUGGGAUUGGUACAUCUGGUUUCAAGUACUGAAAACUGCAAACCAGUGAAGAGGAAACGAACCUUAUGACUAAGUAUCAAACCAAAAAGGAAAGUCAAACGGUGCUUUGUGUAUUCACCUUUGGCUGCCAUGACUGUUCUCUCCCCAAAAUGUAUAUACCAUAGCAUUUGUCUACCUGCUGUCUUUUCUUCAGGACAGAUGUUCAGGAAUUAUGUUGAUUCAAUUUAGACUCUAUGCAUGUUUGUAUGGAAGUGAUGUUCAGAAUCAGUGAGGAAACUUUAGGCCAGAUUUAAAAUCCCAGAUGGAAACGAGCCAUAAGUGUAAGUUUCCCUGAAGCCUUCUACACAGUGGGGCUUCUUUGGGAAGUGAAAAGUGUGCCUCUUUGUGAGUCUCCUCUGUUGAUCAUGAAGGCUUUUUCCACAGUGUGUUUACACAAGCCCUUGAAAUAACAUAGGGCAUCAGAUCAUAAGGCUAGAUGUGGAUGCUGAAAUUGACCGCCGGUUGAUAGUUCACUGUGUUGCAUUAGAAAUGAGGCACCAAAGGCAGCACAGUCAGGAAAAUGGCCCCUUGGCCUUGAUCAGCAUCCAUGGGAAAGGAACAAGGGUUCCCAUGGGGACAGCCUCACAGGAGCUUCCCUGGACCAAUAACAUUGAAGAAUAGGGGUGUGGCUACAGACCAGCCCAUCCAUGCUUGCAUCCUCCUGCUUAUGAGCUGUCUAAGGUAUGGGGGUGCAUAUGAUCAGUGGACUCUGGGGAAGGAGGAAACCCUCUGACACCAGUAUCUAGUUAAUUUAAAGUUUCUCUCACUUUUUUUUUUUUUUCUGAUCUGGAAAUGUUCACAGAUUUUAUUCUAGCACCAAGAGUUAUGACAAUGUAUUCAUAGUGUUAGUUGGAAUCCAAAGACUAUGAAUUCUAUUUGCAAAAUGUUACAGUAUUUUUAAAAAAACAAGUACUGAGUUCUCACUUCAAAGAUAACCAUGAACUGAAAUUUUUAAGCUGGUAACUAGAAGCAACGUGAUCAUUUUUGCCUUAGUUAGAGGAAGGAAGGUAUCAAAUGUGCAUCUCAUGCCUCACCUGCUAGCCAUCUUCUGCCAAGUUUAGAAUUCUUAUGGGUUUCAAGUUCUAUAUAGAAAGGAAUGUUAUGAUUGAUUUUUCUCUUGUUAAAAGAAUAACUCAUUUAUUCUAAGAGCAAUGUCUCAAAGUCUCAUUUUUUUAUUUUACAGCUGAAGAGACUUAUAAAGAGACUUACAGGAUAUAAAGUAAUUCCUGGAAAUGAUAUUUGAUGAGGAGAAUGUAAGAGACUUAGAAGCACGUUGACAUUUCAAUUUUGUAAAACAAAAAAUUCAAUUAGGAUGAGAAAUCAAAGAAAUAUGUUUACCAAAAUGUGUUGCAAUUUUUCCCAAACACUGAAUCUUCAGACAACAAAUGUGGACUUAUAGGUACUGUGAACACAAAGAAUUGGCUAUAUUCAGAUUUAUUCAGAAAUAAAUUAAGACAUAUUUUUAUGGCAUAAAUAAGCUGAUUCAGAAGUUACAUUUCUUAACUUUAGGUAGAGGAGAAUAUUUGUAUCCUUUUGUUGCUAUGCAACUGUUUAAUGAUGAAGAUUCAAACCACAGUUUUGUAUAUCAUACGACAAUCAAUUGUUUUCCAAGAAUAUUUAUUAUUUUAAGUAAACACAAUUUCAGUGAACCUGAGUUUUUCUAGGAGUCCCUUAAAGGGAAAGUAGCAUUCCAUGAGCCAGUAAGAUAUCUACUCUGGAAAAACAUUACUAUGGGUAAAAAAUAAAUUCAAAUUAGUUUUUUAUAAAGAACUAUAACAUUUAUUUUAAACAUUUUAUAAUUACUGAAGUCAUUAAGGUGAGCAAACUAAAUUUCAAAACCACUUGUAAUAAUGUAUUUUAUAGUAGCACUGUGAUACUACAUAACACAGUCCCUUUUGUAUUAAAAUAGUAUUUUUUUCACAGACUGAAAAAUAUCUUUUGCUUUGUGGACAAUGUUUUGUAAGAUGACUUUAUUUUCAGAUCUUUUCUCUUUUUUGCACAAAACUAUGUUUAUGGUUUGUAUCACAGAAGUGAAAUAUAUCUCUGCAUUUUUAUAUCUGGUCUGUUUCCUUGUUUCUUUUGUUUGUUUUUAACUCGGUAUAGAUUUUCUUCAAAUAUAUAAUGGCAGUAUUCAGAUAUCUCGCCCUAUCAUAUCUUUCCUUAUUUUCACUGCAUGCAUUUAAUCACUGUAUUACUUAAUGUUUGAUUUGUUAUUAUGGGCAUUUCAAAUAGACAAGCAUGGAAUUGUAAUGACAAGAAGCUUAUUUUAUAUUGAGGAUAUAUGCAUUUGUAUUUCACACACCAGAGAUGAUAUUAAACACUGAUUAUUUUAUGCUGCUGUUUAUUAAAAAUGUUUACCAUAAAA